UUGUUGGAUGAGUUUGUAAGUUACUUGCUAUAUUGGUUUUCACGGAUAAAGUGACCAAAUGGAUCGAUACAAUGAUGUAAAAAUCCUCCUGAAGAAAUGGGAACAAUCUUUCUUCCAAACAAACAACAGAAAGCCCAAUAAGGAUGACAUUGAUAAAGCUCCAGAGGAGACGAGACAACUUUAUAAAGAAUAUCGUUCUCUUAAAGAAGCAAAAGAAAGAAAGAGCUCAGAGGUGGAAGAUCCACCAAACCCCCCGGAGAGUCACUCAUCUACAACUGGAUCUGGAUGCUGGGGAUCUCACCUUAACCGGAAGAACCUGCCGGCUGCUGUGCCGAAACUCUCAUCAGAUGAUAAAGAGACGCUGAAAGCUUCAGCUCAGUACUUUGGCAUGAAGUUGAAGAACAAUCUUGGAGCUUUUACAAAGGAACGAUCAUUUUCUCUGAAAAAAGCUACAACCCCUCGCCGAACGCCAACCAAAGCACUGCAGGACACUCCCAACUCCAGCACAGCACCGACAGGUGUAGAGACUCACACACCGAAGUCAGCCAACACACACCCAGACCCCAGCGCUCCUCCUGUACAGACCAGCACUGAGUUUGAGGAUGAGCCUUCGGAUCCUUUCCCUUCCGUGACCCCCUCCAAAUCCUGGUCUCCAUCUGUGGGAUCCGCGCACAAGAGCGUGGAAAGGCUCCAGUUCCUGAGGCAGUCCAUGACCAAGAGGAUUUCUUCUGUGGACAGUGGCUGGCUUGCACGCUGUCAGGUCUUCGAUGAGGUGGAGGAACCUCAGAAACCUGUCGCUGGGAAUUCAGAGCUAACGAAAAACAAUAAUAGUUGUUUACCGCCUACUGUUAGAAGCGAAACCGUGUCAACUCAGGGUCAAACAUCCCCAAAGACUUCAUUACAGAAGAGUAAAUCUGACUUGUCAGAGGACGAAGCACAGAAAGGCCCUGUAGUGUCUUCAGUAAGGGACAAUGUGGUGCUGGAUGCAGAAUUGGUCUCCCCGGGGCCUCAUGGUGAACGGGUAUAUCAAAAAGACAAUGCAGCUCUCACUGGAGAUGGUGAGACGUGUUUAGAGGAACCCAAAUCUCCUGCAAAAACUAAGAAACGCAAACCCAGGGCCAAAAAAGAUCAAGACUCGGGGGUAAAAACACAGGCCGAAGGAGGCAAAAAAACAAAAGGUCGAAAAAGACAAAGGGGCGAUGAUGUGGAUGAAUCUGAGGAGCAGGAAGGCGCAGUGAAAAAGAGAAGGAGAACUAAAAAAGGAGAGGCAGCUGGGGAGGAUCAGCCCAAAAAAGGAGGGAAGAGGAAAGGAAAAGUCGAUGAGGAGGAUGAUCCUUCCAGCUCAGAGGAAAAGAAACCCCAGAAACGAGUGAUUCCUCAGGAGAAUCUGCUGGGAGAGGUGGAUGAGGAGGAGGCCAGAGCCGCUGCAUACACGAUGAAGAACACCGCCAGGGUCAAGCCUACCAAAAACACAGAUGGGAACUUUGUGAAAAUCAAUUUGAAGAAGAAGUCCCAUGUCAAAGGAUUUGCUUUGAGAGGAGCCGCAAUGAGGAAACAGAUGUACAUGCAGAAGUUCCAGCUGAAGGGCGAGCGGUUUGGCGGCGGGUUCGGGAGGGGCCGGGGCCGGUUCGGCGGCUUCAAUCGUCAGGGCGACACCUGUUACAAGUGUGGCGGGACGGGCCACUGGGCACGAGACUGUCAAGGAAGAGCUCCUGUCGUGAGUUCUGCAGAACAGCAGGAAACCCCAGUAGAGGAGGAGGAGUUUGAGCUGCCCACGCUGGAGGAAGUUGCCCGGGCGACAGGAACUCUGCGCUCAGAGCCUAUUGUGGCUCCUCCUGUUGUGGGCGGAGACUCUUCUGAGAAGGCGGAGCAAGGGGAGGAGAUUCUGCUCAACAUCAUCAGACCCGAUUAUGAGCGGCCUGCCCCUCCUCCACCUAUGGAGCCGCUCUACACACCAAAGGAUGAUGGGAAAGUUCAAGAUGUCCCUCCAGAGGUGUACGAAGCGCUCCGAGACUUUGGUUACAAGUCCUUCAGGCCUGGCCAGGAGACGGCCAUCAUGAGAAUCCUGUCAGGUCUGUCCACACUGGUAGUUCUGUCCACUGGAAUGGGAAAGUCUCUGUGCUACCAGCUUCCGGCAUACCUGUACGCCCAGAGGUCAAAGUGCAUCACGCUGGUGGUGUCUCCUCUGGUGUCUCUGAUGGACGAUCAGCUUUCUGGACUCCCGUCGAAGCUGAAAGCCGCCUGCAUCCACUCCAACAUGUCUAAGAAACAGAGAGAGACGGCCAUUGAGAAGGUGAAGGCCGGUGAGGUGCACGUCCUGCUGUUGUCUCCUGAAGCGCUGGUCGGGGGAGGUCACUCCGGGUCCGGAUGUCUCCCCCCUGCAGACCAGCUCCCCCCGGUGGCCUUCGCCUGUAUCGACGAGGCUCACUGCGUGUCUGAAUGGUCGCACAACUUCCGACCCUGUUACCUGAGACUGUGCAAGGUGCUCAGGGAUCGGCUGGGUGUGCGUUGUCUGUUGGGUCUCACCGCCACGGCCACUCUGUCCACAGCGCUGGACAUCGCCCGACACCUGGACAUCAGCGACCAGGACGGCAUCGCUGUCCGCUCCGCCGCGGUCCCUCACAACCUCCAGCUGUCAGUGUCCAUGGACAGAGACAAAGAUCAGGCUCUAGUGUCUCUGCUGAAGGGCGAACGCUUCGGCGCUCUCGAGUCGGUGAUCGUGUACUGCACCAGGCGAGAGGAGACGUCCCGUAUCGCUGCACUGCUGCGCACCUGCCUGCAGGGGGUGUUGUUGAGAGAGUCGUCCAAACCAGCGCCAAUCGAUGAGGACGACAACCCCGUGGGGAAGAAGAAGAAAGCUCUGGCCAGGAAGAAGAUCCGUAAGCCUCUGAAGUGGAUCGCGGAAGCGUACCAUGCCGGGAUGUCUGCGUCUGAGAGGCGGCGAGUGCAGAAUAACUUCAUGUGCGGGGAGCUGCGUGUGGUGGUGGCCACCGUGGCCUUCGGGAUGGGGUUGGACAAAUCGGACGUGCGUGGGAUCGUCCACUACAACAUGCCCAAGAGCUUCGAGAGCUACGUGCAGGAGAUCGGCCGAGCGGGACGUGACGGACACCCGGCGCACUGCCACCUGUUUCUAGACCCAGAGGGUGCAGAUUUGCACGAGCUGCGCCGGCACAUCUACGCAGACACGGUGGAUUAUUACACCGUGAAGAAACUGGUGCAGAAGGUUUUUCCUCCGUGUAAAUGCAGACAGAUUCAGCAGAAGCAGCGAGAUUUGGAACAGGCUGCAGAAGUCUCUGACAGUGAGUUACUGGAGAUGGAGGUUUGUGAGGACACUGAUUCCCACCAGCAGAGGAGCGAGACAGAACAACAGACACACACUCCACAUGAGCACAACACACCAACACAGACAGCAGAGGAGAGCGACGGCGGGCUGAAACUGAGGGACGAGUGUUUACAGCGGCCGUGUCACACACACGAGAGAGCCAUUCCCAUGCAGGAGACCGUGGAGGCCCUCGACAUCACGGAAGAGAGUCUGGAGACUCUGUUGUGUUACCUGGAGCUUCAUCCUCAGCAGUGGGUGGAGCUCCUCCACCCGACUCUCUCCGUCUGCAAGCUGCAGUGUUACGGCGGGCCACAACAACUGCGCAAGAUCACCAAACUGUGUCCUCCGGUCGCUGUGACGCUGGCGAGGAAGCGCAUGGCGGGCGAGCGUGUGGAGUCAUGUGACGCGCUGGAGUUCGACGUGGUGGAGCUGGCGGACACGAUGGGCUGGCAGCUUCCUCUGGUGAAGAGAGGCCUGAGACAGCUGCAGUGGGGCUCCGGUUCGUACGGAGGCACAGGCAGGAGUGGAGUUCACGUGGAGUUCUCAGCGCUGUCCUUCUACUUCCGCUCGUACGGUGACCUGACGCCGGAUGAGCUGGACGCGGUCGGAGCGUUUCUGCACGGGAGAGUGAUGGCGCAGGAGAGGACUCAGCUGUACCAGCUCAAAACCUGCUUCAAAGCCUUCCGCAGUGUUGCGUACCGUAACUGCAGUCUGUGUAUGGAUGAUCUGGAGGAGAGCAGGAGUCACGAUCUCAAAGAGCUUCUGCGCGAUUACUUUGACAAGAGGAGAAACCUGGACCUGAGCAAACACUAUCAGGAGGAAGAGGAUGAGGAGGAAGAGCUCAACAAAUGCAAGAUGAGGGACUGGGAAGGGCAGAUCUGUGCUGACAUCAGAGGUUUCCUGUGCAGUCGCAGCGAUGAGAAGUUCUCUGGUCGAGCCGUGGCCAGAAUAUUACACGGCAUCGGAAGUCCGUGUUUCCCAGCGCAGGUGUACGGACGCGACCGCAGAUACUGGAGGAAAUACAUUCAGUUUGAUUUCAAUGAGAUCAUUCGUUUAGCCACUCAGGAGAUCAUUAGAACGAGGUAACAAGACGCCCUGAUCACAUGAUCAUCUGUGUCACACUCAAACUACAAUCUGAGGUUAUUUAUUUGUGCAGUUUUUCAUUAUUUUCUAAAUGUUCACAUGUUGUGUUUGAUGGUUUUUUACUUAAUAAAGACUCUUUUGUGGUGAAUCAGAGUGAGAUCUGUAAUAA